AUGUCUACGCAAACCAAAACACGUAAACGCAAAUGGGACCUUGACGAUCAAGGCAAGGAAGCCCCACCUGUAAGCAGUUCUACCACUCCAACGGUAAAGGCAAUUAAAGUUGACACGGGAA